CAAAUUCUUUCUCCACACGGACAAGAGAACUUGAAAAGCUGUAGUUUCCCAUUUAGGCAAUACCAGCACGCCAGAACACUGAGAGCAAUGGGAGAAGGCUGCUUUCAUUUUCACUACUUUCCUGCCCAGAGAGACAGAGCAGCAAUGGCUGAGAAGAGAUCGCCACAAGACCCAGUAAAAGAAAUAAAGAUGAUUGCCAGCACCAUGCUUGGUGGCUUCUUGGAGGACUUGAAGGAAAAGAAGGUAUUAGAUAAACGUGACUUACAAACAAUAGGGAAAAAAGUGAACUUCAUUGUGAAUAAGACUGAAAACCUGGUUGAUGAUCUCUCUGAGAAAAUUCAAGUGGUAGGUCAAGUAUUUAUGGACCGUUUCGUCAAUUCCAGGAGCCUGCUGAGUUUGAAAUCUCAUGCUGAAAAUAAGAAUGAGGAAUCUGAGAGCAGUGAGUCAUCUUCUUUGACAGUUAUUCAGGAAAUCGAAGCUUCCUCAAUGGACAUGGUGGAGAUUUGUCCCUGCAAGCAUUCUCAAGAACCGAAGACUGUGAGAGUCCAUGAGGUAUAUCCAGUGAUGGAGAAAGAGGGCCGAACACGCCUGGCCCUCAUCAUUUGUAACAAAGAAUUUGACCAUCUUUCUGAGCGAGAAGGCUCUGAAAAUGACGUUUUGGGGAUGCAAGGCCUCCUUGAAAACCUUGGAUAUUCGGUGGUUAUAAAGGAAAAUCUCACAGCUCUGGAAAUGAUAACGGAGCUGAAGAACUUCGCCGCCCGCCAGGAACACCAGUCCUCAGACAGCACGUUCCUGGUGUUCAUGUCCCACGGCACCCUGGACGGGAUCUGUGGCAGGAAGCACAGAGAUGAAGAGCCGGACAUUCUUCCUGAUGACACCAUCUUCCAGAUUUUCAACAACCGUAGCUGCCACGGUCUCAAGGACAAGCCCAAGGUCAUCAUCACGCAGGCCUGCCGAGGCAGAGGUGACGGGGCCGUCUGGGUGACCGACAUGGGAGAAGCACUUGCGUGGACAUGUUACCAGCCCUUGGAGCGCUACAUCUCCAGUGAUGCCAUAAAAAAGACCCACAUAGAGAAGGACUUCAUCGCUUUCAAAUCUUCAACUCCACAUAACGUAUCCUGGAGAUUGAACACAGAGGGGUCUGUCUUCAUUUCCCAACUUAUCCACUACUUGGGAGAGUAUUCUUGUUGUCACCAUUUGGAGGAGAUUUUCCGAAAGGUUCAAAAUGCAUUUGAGAAACCCAAUGCAAUGAUCCAGAUGCCCACGAUUGAGAGGUUAUCCAUGACGCGAUAUUUCUACCUCUUUCCUGGGAAUUAAAAUCCGUCUGAAGUGUCUCAGGAAAAUUGAGCCAUUCCAUUUUCUGUGAAUCUACUACUUUAAAAGGUUAAUGUUUGAAUGUGAAUAUUUUUCUACCAAAAUUCCCACUUGCCCACCCUGAAACAAUGCAACGUGAAAACCAUGGUCAUAGUGUUGCUGAGUUAGUGCUUAAUAAAAUU